GUUCACUAUUAUGUCAUCUGCUCACAACAAUUUGGAAAGCGGCUGUGGGCUACUUUGCACUUAUUUUUGCGCACGCACAACCACGACGUAUAGGAAGAACAAGAUGUCUGAGUCCGUGAACUAGGGAGGGGCGGCUGCAAAACACACUGAUAGCCUGAAUGCAAAGAGCCAAAAGAACACUUCCUGUUGAUGCAAAAAUUGCAGCAGCAACUGUCUGACACAUCUGGACUGAAGAGGGGGGGAGGCCUGGCUGUAGUGUUAGCGAACUACCGAGGGGAAUGGACACGGUUCAAUGUUAACCUGGAAGACGGUUGCCGGCAAACUGGAGAAACAUAUCCAAGAAAUGGACGACGGCAGCUACGUCGAGUUUGAUGUGCCGGAGUUCAGUAACACUGUUCUGACUCAGCUCAAUGAGCUGCGGCUGCAAGGGAAGCUGUGUGACAUCAUAGUUCACAUUCAGGGCCAGCCGUUUCGAGCCCACAAGGCCGUAUUGGCAGCGAGUUCGCCCUACUUUCGUGACCACUCAGCCCUCAGCACCAUGAGUGGCCUUUCCAUCUCGGUCAUCAAAAGUCCUGAGGUGUUUGAACAGCUUCUCGCGUUCUGCUACACGGGUCACAUGUCCCUACAGCUCAAGGAUAUCAUCAGUUUUCUCACUGCUGCCAGCUUCCUGCAGAUGCAGACCAUCAUUGACAAAUGUACCCAAGUCCUUGAGCGCAUCCACUCCAAGAUCAGCCUCCCAGUCGGUGUCUGCAGUCCAGAGAAGGACGACUCGCAGACUGGUCGCAACGGGGUCAAUGACAGCAACCUCUUUGUAAACCCUACCCAGAUCUCCCCCCCUUACUACUCCCGGCAAGGCUUGGGCCGGGGGCGACAGCAGCACGAGGAAGCCCAGUCGGACCGCGGCAGCAGUGACAGCGUGUCAGAGCACGACACUCCCAUGGAGGGAGAGACGGAGCAAGUGGAACUGAUUGGCAAAGACGGGCAAGUAACGGAUGUGCACGUGAAGGUGGAGAAGCCCGACAGGCCCACUUACUCCGAUAGCUCCUCAGCGGGUGAUGAUGGUUACCACACGGAGUUGGUGGAUGGAGAACAGGUGUUGGCGGUGAGUGUGGGUUCUUACUGUCCUGUCAUCCAGCCUGCUACUUAUUCUUACUCAGGGCUGACCUCCCCUUGCUUCGUCAACAUCAGCAGCUCCAGUCCCUCGCGCUCCAUGCUCAGUGGCUUCCGCGGUGGACGAGCCAGGUCAAAGCGGCCCCUGGCCAUCCCGGCAGGCGUGCUGAGUCACGCCAAGCCGGAUGACGGCGAGUCAGCUGUGGGCGCCACGGGGCUUGAGAACGACGUGCGAGAGCGCAGCCUGCGUAGCCAGUGGUACCCGUACAAUGAGAGACUCAUUUGCAUCUACUGUGGAAAGACCUUCAAUCAGAAGGGAAGCCUGGACCGCCACAUGCGCCUGCACAUGGGAAUCACCCCGUUUGUUUGCAAAUUCUGUGGCAAGAAGUACACGCGGAAAGACCAGCUGGAGUACCACAUCCGUGGCCACACGGACAACAAGCCCUUCCACUGUCAGAUCUGUGGAAAAUGCUUCCCCUUUCAGGGCACCCUGAACCAGCAUCUGCGGAAGAAACACAUGGGCGCAUCGGAGAGCAACAAUCACACGGACUCUCCAGAGAGGACCGAGGGAGGCUCUGGCCAGAAGGACCAAGAGGAUACGUCCGAGGGGAUGGCCUUUGAGGCACAAUAUGCAGAGGAGGCCCCCGCCAAUGAUAUGGAGGAAAGCUCUAAAUGUAGUCCGGACCAGGAUCAAGCAUCAAGAUGUGAUUUUUAAGUUUCAGGUUAAGGAAGCUUUAAGAAGUGUUUGUUUCAACUCAAGUUAAAGGACUUUUUUCAAUUUGGAAUCGGCUCCCUCUAAUAUGGACAUUUCUUUCAUUAAGGUUCUCUGUCAGUUUUGUGAAAGUUGGUCAUUGAAUGCAAAGUGGAGAUGGGUGCUUUAUAGAGAUUUGAUUCUUACCUGUAAAGGGAGUAACAACUUACUAUUUUGUAGGAGGUCCUAAUAAUCAAGACCUCCUCGUUGAUUUCUCUUUUUAUCUUUUAAUGUUUUUUAAAACAUAUUUACAGAGUUAUAUAGGCAUGUUGCAAUAAUUGAUAAUGUGAAAGCUCUGGUAAGAUGCUUGUCAUAUCACCUUUUUACCUGACCUGUUUUUGCACACGUGGCCACAGGAGGUCACUUAUUCACAAGGAAUGAUUUUUCUGCCAGUGCAAAGCUUCGUGUGACAUAUCCGUACAAUACCUCAUGAUGCAACUACAUACUCAUAUAAUAGACAGUAUUUUAACCUAAAUGAAACUCACCAGGUUCUACCUCAUAGCCAAGAACCUAGCAGGCACACAUAUUCACCGUUUGAAAUCACUUGUAUGAACAGUAUCUUUAUUGCCAAACCCUGUAAAAAAAAAAAGAAAAAAAAAAAAAAUAUUCACAAAGCCUUGAUACUUAACGGUAAAUAUUCCUUGCUGAUUGUAUGGAUUAGGGACAAAGUCCUUGUCUGAUGUGUCAUGGAUCGGCCAGGUUACAAUGAUUAUUAAGAAGGUGCUACGUUAGGAGUUCUUUAAAUUUGCUAGCUUGUGUGUUUUCGUUAAAAUGCAGAGAGCAGACGAAGAGAAUGACCCUGCAUACUUUUAAGAUAUCUUUUUGCUGUCUGAUAAUACUUAAGGAUUUAUAAUCUCAUCACUACUGGAGAUCUCAGUCUGUUGGCCAAGGUGGUUUAAGAUGCUAUCGUCCAUGGGUUGGAUGAAUUACGUCCAUACAAUGAAAUUAUAUAUAUAUAUUUCUCUAUACUCUUAUGGCAGAUUUAUACUGAACUGUUGUAUUUGUGUUUGUCUUGGGUUUUGGCUUUUAGCUUAAUACUGAGACAAGAGUCCUCUUUGUCAACUCAGCACAGUAGGAACAGCUCUGGGUCUGUUCACAUGAGUCAAAGUACACUAGUCUGAAUAAUAUGCAAACUGAAAGACUACAGGAAUCUCAGCCAUCGUGACGUCGUUUUUAUUGCAUUAUUUGAAAGAGCCGUCGGUUUAGUUUUUCCUGCUUUCAUUCUGUCCCGCCGUUGGUUUGUUGCUGUGACUGGUUUUCUGCAUGGAGCGAAGUCAAAUGCACGCGUGGAACAGGUUCCCCUCUUUUUAAUCAACCCUGCCGCCAGGCGUGGCGUAGCUAGAUUAAGGUUAAGGCGGUGAAGAGCUCAGUGUUCGGAGCGGGAGCUGGUGGAUGGAAUAGAAAGAAUAUGCUAACCUAAGUCUUAAUUUUGAUUAUUUUUCUCUUUUCAUCAGAGUAAAAAUUGACUUUUAACAGACUCUGUAAACACGUGAAUACUAUUGGCUGCAAGUCAUGCAUACAGGGAUGUUGUAUCUUAUCUAUACUAUUUGAAAUGUCGGGGAUGGGGAUAUUUGUUUUUUUAGCUUCUAUAGGUUUUAUUUCCGUUCUGAUUUAAAAGAAUCUGCAUUCACAGUAAAUACAGGAGGCACUUAAAAGGGCCCCCGAUGAAUUAUCUGCACACGUGAUGCUCAGUUGGGCGAGUCCAUUCUGUGCUCUUUUUCUUAAAAAGCACCUGUGAAAGAAAAGCUUGCGUCCCGUCCCGUCGGAUCAAUGCUGAAUUUAUUCAAUGAACUGAGAUUUAUUGUUUUUUUUAAUAUAGUUUUAAUAUAAGUCUCUACUUUGUGUGUUUUGGUGGGAGAAUAGUUUGUUUUGUUGCUUACGUCCAAUGUUGAGUCAGGAGUGCAGCCCGUUUAUUCCGGUGAACGCUGCGGCCGACGUCUUCUUUCAUCGACUUUCGCUCAAACGGCAAUCCAACGUUUGGGGGACUUUGCAAAAGCAAAAAAAAAAAAAAUUGGUAUAGCUAGCUUUUUGUUAUCUUUUUGUGUACUUUUUAGUCAUCAUCACCCACUGUCAACCUAUAAAGUACUUUUUGAUGAAUGUUAAGUAAACGGAGCGUAUUCCUGCCGCUGCUGACGCGACGCGCAGAUUCCACCUCUGAUCUGACCUCGGCGAAAACCGUCUUACGCUCUCAACCCGUGACGUUUUCUGAGUAAUGGGUACAAUCUGCAGACAACAAAGAAUUUGUGCCAAGAGUUAAACACCAAAGACUAAAAGGUGGUUUUUAAACAGUACAUAUUGACUGUAUUGCAUAAUUGAGAGCUUGUGAAGAAAAACAGAUCCUUCAUUUAAAGUAGGUUCAUUGCUAUUCGCAAGGAACGUCGUUUCCCAGCUUAUAACAAUCACUUGUAUAAAAUUUGAACAAUUAGACAUUAAAGUCAUAUAUUGUGUAAUAUAUUAAGCCAUACAGGAGCUGACAAUUUUAGAAGUUGUGCAAUUGUUUCAAGCCAAUGUAAACAAAGAAAAAAGAGAGCGAGAGAGAGGGGGAGAAUAUUUUACAAAAGUGGCAUCUUAAACAUAGUGCCUUGCCACGAGCUUUACAUGCUAGAAUCUGGCACUUUUGUCUUGUGCCUCUGUCAUUUUUACAUGCUUUGAAUAGAGAGAUUAUUGAGCAGAGAUUAACAAACUAUGGCCGCGUUAUUUGUAGUGAAGUGGCACCGAGAAUGCAACGUAGUCAUUCUUUUGUCAUGGGACGGUUUGAUGGUUGAAGUGUUUUUUUGUAGCAAUUGAAAACUUAUCGAACGAGGCCGACCAUCGCCCCGCCCGCCCCCCCGACCCCCCAUGACUUCUCCAGCCACUGAGGACAAUCUUAGCAGCGUACUGUAUUUGUAGACAUUUCAGUGAAGGAAGGAGAAUGCAUGAGAAACACAAAACGACUUCCGACUCUCUCUAAAGCAUCGGACAGGGGAACAGCUGUCCGCGUGUUUAGCUGAUAAAAUAAACUGAGAGGAUAAAAAAAAAAAGAAGCUUGCCCUCAUUUAAUGUAGCCAAAUUGCACGUUGCCCAAAAACAGAAAUUGUAUAAAAUUGCCAAUUUUUUAUUAUUAUUAUUAUUGAUAUUUCUUUUAUUUGUGUCAUCGAUUCGUGCACUUAACAGUUUUCCGUUGAUAGUACAUGUAUGCUAAAGCCAUCCAGGAAGUCUAGUCGUUCUUCCAUUAGUUACCCCCAAGGGACUCAGCUGUAAUAGCCUCUGUCAUUUUGGUAGAGGAACUUUUAGCUCUAAAAUGGUGCUUCUUUUUUUUUUUUUUUAGAUAAGUCACUUUUUUUUCCUUUCCAAACCGGUAAACAACUCCCAUUUCUUCAGGUAAAUGGAGAGCGGGGGGGGGGGGGGGGGGGGGGAGUAUUUUCAAUGCUUUUCAUGAACUAUAGUUACUUCUAUGACAGUCCGCAUCUACAGAACCAGCUCAACUUGACACACUCGAAUUGACUUUUUUGUCAACUCUUGGUUCCACCUGAGAGGAACGGGAGUUGCGUUAUGGGCCACAAGUAAUCAAAAGGAAGUGUUUACAGGGAAGGCUGUCAGACUACUUUUUGAAAAUUGCAGCUCAUCCUAUUCCUUUUAUAAUAAACUCACUUCAGGUAGUUUACGAACACUGAUACAGGCUUAGAAAGAAAUCUUAAGUCUUCCAUAGCUUUUCUGUCAGUUUCUGUCCACUGUGUAUUAUGGAAAGAGGAAAAAACAAGAAAAAAGCAAUAACCUUUUUUUAAAAAAAAGUAGUGUAUUGGGGAUCAUCAAGCCUGUUGAAAAAUUGGCCUGUCAAAUAUCACACAAAGUGAAUGACAGGGAGAAUCCAAGUAGGACCAGGACAAUUUGUUAUUGAUUUAUUUUUAUAUGUUUUCUGAAACUUUGGACGGGUUGACUUCCUCUUCAGGAGAUAUAUAAAUAAUAAUGAAAAAAAGUGGUGUUGCUUGUUUUUUUUUUUUAUUUUGAAAAGCAAUGUUGAAAAAAAUCCAGUGGCAGCGACUUGACUGCGACACAAGAACUGAGUGUGCAGUUCAGUCAUCUAACUCAGUGGCACUGUUCAGCUGUGUUUUAAUAAUGAAAGGGAUUUUUGGGCUAUAAUGGCCACUCUUUAGGAGCGGGCUGUCUGUUGGUCAUGUUGCGGUUCAGUGGUCUCCAUUAGCUCCUCAGGCACUGAGACUGUAGUUGUUGAGGACGAGAGGGGACGUUUUCAGUCGAGCUCUUGUCCCCGUCUCUUUGACGACGUCCUAGAUCCUGCACUAUAGCGUCUCUGGCUCAUAUUUGGUGACAUGGCAAAAAAAAAAAAAAAAACUUAGAACUCAGGGUAUAUAGUGUUUAAGUGGUCUCAUUGGACAUAACAUAACAUGUCCGUAGUAUAAUUGUGCACUUCUCUUCAGGUGGGGAAACAAGUCCUCAGUCAGUGGUUUCCAGACAUUCUGCCUCAAGGUCUCAAUGAGCCCAUAUUUUCCACAGAGCCGAAGCUUGGGGAGCGGUAGAGAGCGCGGAGUGAACCAUGGCAGCAGAAAGGCCCUAACUCUUGUUUCGUCCACUCUACACACAACCUCACAACCCAACUGUGAACCUCAGAACUCUACUGUUUUGUACAACUAUGAAGUAAAUGAAGCUAGCUAGAGCUGAUGUUGUAUCUAAUGCCAUUUAUGAAUUUUUAUUUUAUAGCAUGAAAUGGAAAUAUAUUCAAAUUAUAUAUUUUACUCAUAAUCAUUAUGUGCUGCUUCAUUUUGGUUCUUACAGCUUGUAAAUUGCUUUUUUAUUAUAUUAAAAAAGAAAAAUGUCAAUAGAAUAUUGCGUUUAUAAAAAAUAAAGACGCUGAUUUGGC